AUGUUGAUGUGUAAUGUGGGAGAUGAAGAACUUUAUCUUGAGGAUGACGAAGCAGAAAUGGAUAUUAUGUUAUUUGUAUUGGAAAAUACAACCAGAACUUAUGUCAUGAAGAACAAACAUAUUGAGCGUCCCCUUCGUCAGCCUAUCACAAGAACUGGUUACAUUUACAUCCAAAAAGCUCUUAAGGAAGAUCCAGAACACUUUCGAAAAGUGUACCGUAUGUAUCCAACCGUGUUUGUGAAGUUGUGUGAACUUCUCAAACAGCAAACAUCUCUAACUGAUACUCGGCAUAUGUGUCUUGAAGAAAUGGUGGCUACAUUUUUGCUCACUAUUGGUCAAAAUUCAAGAUACUCUUACACAAUGGACACAUUUAAGAGAUCAAAAUUUGCUGCAAGUACAAAUUUUCACAAGGUUUUAAGGGCGUUAAACUCUAUUGCACCAAGUUUGAUGGCUAAACCUGGACUCACAGUACCUGCAAAAAUAAGAGAAAGCACACGAUAUUAUCCUUAUUUCAAGUUUCCUCCUGAAACAAGCAAUGAGGAUAGUCAAGAAAGAAAUUCAGAAGAAAAUGGAAAUGCAGGAGCUUUCUAUGAAGAAAAUGGAGAUGUAGGAACUCUCCAAUCUCAGCAAAGAGAAUAUGCUAAUAAAUGGAGAGACUCAAUAGCUGCUAAUAUAUGGGCAGAAGCUACACAAACAGGAAGUCUACGAUGA